UCUCUCUCGCCCUGAGAUUCAAUUCGCCGGCGCAGCUCGCAAUCCCUCCCACGAACGAGCACAGAGACACACGCACGCACGUGCACACACACACACACACCCUGUCUAGCUAACACACACACCCUGUCUUACUAACACACACACUCUCCCCUCCACUGCCACAGAACGUACGCCACGAGCAUUCAUAUCAUCUCUCUCUCUCGUGAUCGCGAGCUGUCCCCUUUUUUGUACGAUUGUAUAUUUAAACAUAAUAGCACGAUUGUAUAAAAUUAUCACGUAAAUAAUUCAGCAAAUUCGCCAUCGUUCUGUUGAUAUCGCAUCAAAGCUAAGCCGUGCAUUGAUCUCGUUUCAUUAAGCACAUACAUUGUCAUCAUCGUUUUAAAUCGUUGCAAUUGUAUUAGCCCGUGCAUGUAUAUUGUAAGAGCGUAGUGUAAGAGUGAAUUUGAUUUUUUAAAGAAUUAAAUUGGUGGGGGGGGGGGGCUGCUAUGGAAGGAGACGGCGCCUCCGCUUGGAUUUCGGAUCGAGCCUCCACCAAGGAUGGAGCCACCCAGCAGGAGACGGAACCGCAGAAGCAUCAAGAGGCGGCUCCGUGGUCCGGGCGUGAUCAGCAUCGCUCAGACUCGCCGGACAUCACAUAUGCUGCCGCCGACACCACAUCCUUCUCUGGCAAAGACCCCACGGGAGAGGGGUCUCCUACCCCACUCGGCACCUCUUCACAGAGGCCCCCUCGGCAUCCCCACGACUCUGACUCCGACCACAACGAUGAAGACGAAGAUGACGACGAUGAUGACGCCGAUUCCAUCUUAGACCUCGUCAACCCAUCGCAAGCGGUGUACCGGCCCCAUGGCUCCAGUCUACGGGACCUGGGGGGCCUGGACGACCUUGGGGUCGAGGGGAUCGGGGCUGAGCGAAGCCUCGAUGAGGCCGUGAAGGGGGUAGCCGUGAAGGAGGUUGGCGCCUCCCCCCGUCGCGAUGUCCGUGAUGGUGGGUACGGGGAUGCCAAGGUGGAUGAUGGUGAUGAAGAUGACGAGGUGGAUGAGGAGGUGGAUUUGUACAGAGCCGGGCCCCAGGGUGCCGGAGGGAAAGAGGAGGUGCAGGGAUGGACCGCGGACAGAGGAGGGGUGACCGAGGCGUUGCGUGAUGUGGUGGAGCUGCUGCUGUGGCGGGAGCCGCUGCGCUCGGGCGCCGUGUCCGCGACGCUGCUCGGGUUCCUGCUGGCGCUCACCACGUGGAGCAUCGUGAGCGUGCUGGCCUACGGCUCGCUCGCCGUGCUCUCGCUCACCCUCACGCUGCGCGUCUACCGCUGCCUGCUCAAGGCCGUGCAGAAGUCCGACGCCCCCCAUCCCUUCCAGGAGUACCUGGACAAGGACCUGGCAGUGAGCCCCGAGGUGGCGCGCAAGUACUCGGAUGCGUCGCUGGCGCGGGUGAACCGCACGCUGCGCGAGCUGCAGCGCCUCUUCCUGGUUCAUGACCUCCUCGACUCCAUCAAGUUUGCCGUGUUCGUCUGGCUGUUGACCUACGUGGGUGCCAUCUUCAACGGCCUCACCAUCGUCAUCAUUGUUGUGGUGGGGCUCUUCACCAUCCCCGUUGUUUAUGAGAAGCACCAGGCGCAGAUUGACCAGUACGUUGAGCUGAUCCGUGGUCACAUCAACGGCUUCGUGGCCAAGGUUCAAGCCAAAAUCCCUGGAUCCAAACGCAAGGAAGAGUAGUCAAGUCGAAGCAUACUUCACCUUCCCACGUCCCCAUCUUAACACCCUUUAACCCUUCUCUUCAUCGCCCCCCCCCCCACCUAUCCUUCUCAAAAUCUCUCAACCCCCACCCACCAACUCUCCCCCAAUUUGCCUCUCCGCCUCGGACAAACCCACGUCUACUACGCUCUUCCUCCGAACGCCCGCCCGCGCGAGCACACACACACACACGUUCACACGGCACACACGCGGUUGGUUCACUCGUGCGGUUCACGCCUGUAUUUUUCAUUCGUUCAUUCAUCCAAUCGGCUCAUUCAUCGUUCUCUACUUAUUCUCCCCCCCUCCCCCCACCAUGACGCAAAAUACAAUCCGAUGCUGUUCUUGCUGUUGUCGCUGUGACGGCUAUCACGUGGCUGGACUCGCAAUCCCAGGAGUCGUGCCUGUUCGACUCCAUCUACCCGGCGCGGCCGUUGAAACGAUUUAGGCGGGUUUCGAGGAAUCCCUUCCCACCCUCUGGGCCCCAUCCACCACUGUGAACGGGUAAACACCACAGUGUUGGUGCAACGACAGGCCGCCUCGUGUGGUGGGGUAAAGUGUGGGUAGCUCCCCAACACCCCCCCUCCCUUCUCCCCCCACCACUCUCUUCCGAUAUGCUCGGCCAGCGUGGAAGAGCAUGCCACAAUACCAUGCUUUGCCAGAGCUCCCCCUUUAUCCAGCAGUGGCACGGGCACGCGCUUGCAGGGCAGCACCUUGACCCCCUGCCACGUGACGUAAUCGACAAAGGGUCCGCGAUGGACCCACGUAUGGUCAGACCCUUGGGUUUGUGCAGACGGGCCGACACCGUUUGUGAAAUGCACGUGGUGGCAGUGGUGGCGUUUGCUGUGUGGCCUCGCCGAUUCGUGAAAAUGAUGAGACUCUAAUCCUGCACACACCUGAGUUGUCACCUGGGUUAAAACAAAGUCCAACUUGUGGUUGGCAUGCGGGUGCCAUGGUGUGCGUGGCACACGUUAACCACUUGCGCCACUGCUCCCCAUACGAGGACAAAGAUCCCUCGUGAAGCCUUAACAGACUGUUGGGGCAAGUACUGUUAGCGAGCACACACACGCAUGCAUGCAUACACAAGGACAAAGGUCCCCCGUAUAGCCUUGACAGACUUUUGGAGCAAGCACACACACAUCCUCGCACGUGCAUGCAAAUUGCUACUCUCUACCGUUGGGAGAUGCUCGCUGCGUUGUGAGAUGAACCGGCAAGGGGGUGGGAGGUGGUGGUGGGAGGAUGAUGCAACAACGAUCCCCCAAGCGAUUGAGAUUGAAUCGUCAAUGGAAUCGUUCGGUUAUUAAUGCCCAGCUCACUCGUCGAGUCGUGCGUGUGUGUGUGCGUGCGUAGGAGAACGACGACCGUAAUCGAUUUGCGGUGUUAACGGUGACCUGCAGUGCUCCACGAGAGAACGUAAUCGGGAGUAAUUUAGCGACGUUUGUACGACGUUUGUCUGUGCGCAAUCCACUGCUGGAUGAAGGGCCUCUCCCAUGCCUGAUGUGCCGGUGCAGGUUUGUGAAAGUGGGGGCGGGCGCAUUAAGGUUCGAGUCGAGUACAGCACAUCAAUGGUUUUAUUUUCUUGCCACCCCCCUGUGACGACACAAUGGGCUCAGUGACGUGUUUGAUGACCCGCGUGACUGGCUCGUGGAAACUGCAUGGCCACCGCCACUAUCGAUUCUGCACACACACACCUUAAAAUCAAUAAAUAAAAAUAGAAUCGUGAGCCGAUUCGUCGAAUUCUGUAAAGGCAAUGGAUAGUUACAUGGGCCAGAGGAUUACGGUUUAAAUUCAAUGUAGUAAUAAUAUUAAUAGUUACAAAUCAAUAGAAUACUUGUCAACCCAUACGGUUUAACCCCGUAUUCUUGAGGCAAAUUGAGCUUUCAGGUCCAUACGGCGUACAGCCGUUUCAAUGCGGGGCAAACAUGUUUCUGUCGAUUUGUGCUUUCUCCCUUAUGAUGGGACUUUGUAGGACGAACGUUGAGAUUUAUAAGGGGCACGGGGUGAACAACAACAAUGUCUGAAUUGUUCUGUAGUAAGGUAGCGCACUGAUCAGGGGGGGUUACAGGCAUGCAAUGGCCCGCCGCAGUUUCUCACGUGCGCGAGGUGUCCACAAAGGGGAGGUUUGUGGGAGUAGCCACCGGGGUUGAUCUUUGAUCGACGCGAGCAUGCACGAGGCCGCGUGUAUGCGCAGGUUUUUGUCAGUUGCCACGUGCGCGCGACUAGAACGCGCUGUGACGUCACAACCCAGCCUAGCGCAACGGACGGCACCGUUACCAAUCGGUUUCCCCCACCACUAUACCACCCCCCCUCUCCCCCCAUACCCACCCCCUGUAACCCCUCCCCCCCCUUCCCAACACCUCUCUCUGAAAACCUCAAAACUUAUCAUGACAAGCAAAAAAAAAUCAAACAAAAACCUCCCAGCGGAUUUUCAUGUUUCUUCCCUCUAUCCGUGUUUAGUACACGACCCCCCCAGCUGCCCCGUAUAUUUCAGUAGAAAUUGAAUGACUUUCAUCAUGGCCAUAACGUAAUGAUUUUGAGUCCACGUGGCCACAACCUUCUUGACGCGUUCGUGUAUACCCUGGAAUGUUUAAUCUCGUCGUUUAAAACAUAACAUUUUUAUUUUGUUUGGUUCUGCUGAUGUUCUUAUCGUGCUGCGGUUUGUUAUGUCCGGUUGUAAAGAUGCUAGCUGAUUUGACGGUAUUAUAUUAUUUUCUAGCUAUUUCUUUCUUUCUCUCGCUGUUUUAAUGCGUGCGAUGAUGAUUAUAGUUGUGAUGUCGACGAUCGAUGAUGACGACGACGACGACGACGUUAAUGAUGACGUGGAAUUGUUCCUCUUCCCCGUGUUGUGCUGACAAUGGAACGUGGAUUUCGUUUGUCUCGAAAAAUAAAAAAAGGAAAGCUAAUGAAACGGGG